AUGGCUGGAAGAGAGUCACUGUGGGAGAACGGCAGAGAUGAGCAGGUGGAAGUUAAUCAGCGGGCACUGAUAGAUAAGGUGCUCGCUCGCUACUCAGGAGAGUUCACUGUCUUUCGAGAGCUCCUCCAGAAUGCCGACGAUGCACAAGCAACAAGAGCAGAGAUUCGGUUUGAUACCAAAGCCUACAUGGAGAAUUCUUCACUUGAAGUCUUAGCGGACCGACUACCAAAUCUGAAAAAGGACGUCGUAUACCAGUGGACGUUCAAGAACGACGGAAUGGUAUUCAAAGAGGAAGAUUGGAACCGGCUUAAGAAGAUCGCAGAAGGAAAUCCGGACGAGGAGAAGAUUGGUGCCUUUGGUGUAGGGUUCUACUCUCUCUUCUCUGUCACAGACCAGCCAUUUGUUAAAUCCGGCUCUUCCUGGAUGGGAUUCUACUGGCGUGAUGGAGGAGAUCAGCUAUUUGUGCGUCGUGGAGAGCUGCCGAAUCCUGAACCUCCAGCUGCGUCGGACGGCAAUCCCUGGACAUCCUUCGAGAUGAGUCUCCGUGAGCCUGGUCCACUACCCGCCCCCCCGAUUGAGAUUGCACGAUUCCUGGCAACGAGCUUGACGUUCAUGAACCGCCUUCGGGACGUCAGUGUGUACUGGAACGAGAAGAGGCUGGUUAGAAUUGUGAAGGAGUUGGAUACACCUCGGAAUCUGGGUGUGCCGGGGCAGUUGAGUGGUGCCAGCCCCGGCAAGAUGAUGACCAUCAGAGGGAUUGACCAGACUGCCUUCCGUAUGAAAGCAUCUAUCCUUCGCUGGGUUUAUACCACCGGUGUCGCCAAGCCCAUCAUAUCCAUUCCCACACCCUCGCAGUCUAACGAAAGAGGAUUCUUUUCCGCCUUCUUUUCACGCAAGCAGCAUACGCCCACUCCUCCCCCCGUCCCGACCCCCGCAAUUCAGAGCGAGCCAGAUCCGUUCACUGAGAUUGAGAGCAACGUUGCUCUCAAUGUCUAUUCGGCUCAUGUGGACGUGAAGAUGGACCGGAAGUUGCUCCAGGAACUAGAGCGGGCUACGAAAAAGAAGCCAUCUAGCAAGACAGUAUACCACCUCAUAUAUACCAGCAAAGAAGAUUAUGAUGCCAGCGCGAAGGAGGACCUGAGAGAGUUCCAAGCUACAGGAAGCGUGUUUCGGAGUCUAAGAGCGGAUAUGGAGCACACGGGUCUAGCGAAGGUCUUCAUCGGUCAGCCUACUGCUCAGACAACCGGCGUUGCUGGCCAUAUGGCUGCCAGGUUCAUCCCGACUGUUGAGCGAGAGUCGGUUGAUCUGGUUGACCGCCAUGUUUCCCAAUGGAACAAGGAACUUCUUUUUGUUGGCGGGUACCUGUGCCGCGCCGUCUGGGAAUUCAAGAUGUCGGACAUAGGCCGGCUGUGGAACGAAAAUACAGAUUCGACCUAUCGUGCCGACCUGGUGCAAAAAUGUCUGCAUGUGAUGAAGUUCUUCAGCGUCUACCGAGCAGCACCAUCAUCCAUCUUUUCCGACUACAUUGAAGCGGCAUUCUUUGCAUGUGCAAGAAAUCGAACCAUUCCACUACUUUCCACCGCUGGCGUUUUGACCAGGGACAAGAUCAGGCUGCCGAGGCAUGAGUUUUCAGGAUUCUUGCAGCAGUUGCCUGUCAUUCCAGAAGCCAUCAUGGACGGCGUCCCAAAUCUGAUGGACACCCUCACAGAGCGUGGACUCGUGCGAGACAUAAACUUCGAGGAUGUCCUAACCGAGUUGAGGUCACGCCCUUUGUCUGAGACGGAGAUGAUCAACUGUCUGAAGUGGAGAAUCAACCUUAACACGGACGGCGUAUCUCAUUCUGCCGACUUAAAGCGGCAGUUCCUGGGAGCUGCCGUGGUGACACUUCCCGGCGCUACGCAGGGUCAGGGCACAGUCAUCUCGCUCUCAGAGAUUAACAACUAUCUCAAUCCCCGCGGACAGUUCAAUAUUCCGACCGAUGUGCCUCUGCCACGAGAGACGCUACCCUAUUCGAUCUCGAAGUUCCUCACCAUUGAUCGACUCACGCAUCUAUUUGGCUGGACUGAGCUGAAGCUAACGGAUUGGGUCCGGUUCAUCUCAUCGCCAGAUCGCGAGGUGGAGACAAACAUCUCCCUGUCUCCUGCAUUCGCUGAGAGAGUUUUGACCAUUGCCGUAAGGGGUUGGCAGACGAUGCCGGACAAUAUCCGGACGUCAAUUACAGAGUCCCUUCAACAAACAUCUUGCAUCCACACCACCAAGGGUAUGCAGAAGCCGACAGAAGCGUACUUCCCAACUGCCCACAUAUUUGAAGAUCUUCCUGUCAUCGAGUUCUCAAAGAAUGCACCUACUAGCCGAAGCAACCUGGAGAAGCUCCUGCUCGCGCUUGGUGUCCGCAAGCAUGUGGAUUUGCAGCUUGUCUUCUCCAAAAUGGUGACGACUGGUGACUGGGAUAUUGCACGGCUCGUGGAAUAUUUGGUUGCUGUCAAGGACAUGCUCUCAGUAGAGGAGAAGACCCGUCUACGCCAAACAGCGGCCUUUCCCCAAGAAGGUCAGGGUGCACUUAGCAAAACCCGCCAUCUCGCACAAGAUCUCUACGUUCCAGAUGAAGCACUCCGUCAGCUUAAAUUACCAAUUUUGGACUGGAAGCCGAAGUGGAAGCCCCACUCUGAAGAAGCCAAAUUCCUUACCAAUGUGCUCGGGUUGAAGCGACAUCCCCCAAUAGAGACCAUUCUAGAACUGGCCGCCGGCGAGCAACCACGAGCUCAAGCUGCCUUUGACUACUAUUUGCAACACUUCGAUGACGUAUAUGCGAAGAAAGCAAAUGGUAAAGUAAUGGAGUCAUGGGCUUUCGUACCUGCUAUCCAUCCCGAUGGAUCGAAACAUCGGAGCAAGCCGACAGAGGUGUUCUCAAAAUCGGAGGCGUCGAUUUUUGGCUUCAGCAUCCUUGAUCCAGCCUAUCAGGGUUCUGUGCAUAAGUUGAAGAUAAGCGAACAGCCUCCCAUGGAAAUGGUUGUGGCGAGAUUGAUCCGGAAUCCUCCCAAGAGUGCUCCAGGCGCCGUAGCCAUGUUCGAGUACAUGAGCAAUCGACUUGCAGAGCUGGGCAGUGGCGAUUUAGCGAGGCUCAGCGACUCUGCUGUUGUUCCUUACAUUGAGCAGAAAGGUAGCGACAUGAAACUCACGAUGCUCAAGCCUACCGACUGCUAUUUUGCCUCCAGUUCCCAGGCCUCAGGACAAUUCUCGGAGCUAUUUCAUUUCGUUGAUUUCGGCACUCGAGCCAAUGCCUUCCUUCGUCAAUGUGGGGUCAAAAGUGAGCCGACUGUACAAGAGAUCGCGAAGUUCUUGGUGACCAACCCACGACGCUUCUAUCAAUCAUCUGGCGGCGCAGAGCGAUACCUGGGUAUUCUCCGCAAUAUGGCAGCAAACAGGCACCUGCUUCCUGUCCGGACCCGCAACGAACUGAAGAAAUCGGCAUUUCUACUUUGCACACGGAGGCAAUCCUCAACAUCUCCAAAAAAGUCGAAGUUUGAGGAUGAGGACGAAGACGUUGUAUUUUCAUAUGAGCUGAGGAAGGCUGAAGAAAUUGUCAUUGUGGAUGACGCAUCGUCCUAUGCAACCUUCAGUGUACACCUGUAUGGUGCACCUCAGGAGGACACGUUAGAAGCCUUCUACGAACAGCUUGGAUCACAGAGGCUCAGUCAAUUGGUCUCUGAAUCCUAUAAACCGCAGGGAGCGGCAGACCGUUCUCAGUUUGCACAGAAGACUAGAGCGCUUAUCUUAGAGCGACUGCCACUUUUCUUGCACGAGCAUCUCGCCUCAGAAAGCCGGUUGAAGCUGGUAAUCAAGCCGGAGUGGUUAGAGAAUGACGCAAAUUUCCGCGUCCUUUCUGUCCGUGGGCUUCGCUUGACACGUCAGCUUCAGUGGAAUAACAUGCGCUAUGACCACACCACCGAAGCGUCUGCAGGAGGGAACCGCCAGGGACGGUCUGGGCCAGUGACCAUGUGGGUCUCGACAAGCGACAGUCUUGAUUGGUUCGAGGUGGCCAACGUGCUGUGCAAUAUUCUGUUUCAGGCGCAUGGUGUGAACGACAGCCUUCUUCUUUCUACCCUACUGUCGACAGAGCUCAGGGCACUGAAGCGACGCGGAUACGCUGUCAAUCGGAUCUUACAGCAGCAGAAAGCUCGAGAAGACGCUAUUCAAGCGCAAGAGCGUGAACACCGACUACAGGCAGAAUCCAGCGGGCUGGAACCGCAGCAAGACUCAAAGCAAAUCGAAUCAGUGGCAAAUGGAAGCUUCCUGAAUUCCUUCAAUAAGCUGAAGGAUCGCUUACAGGGCAGGGAUGUUUCCCAAGGUCCCUCUAAGCCGCCUUCUAUCACGGCAGGUCCCUCUGGUGGAUCACUUGAAUCUGCUCGGCCUCCACCCCCUCCGUAUCCGGGGCAACAGACGGAGUUCUUGGACGACGAGGGAGCAAUGCCAGGAAGUAUGCCUGCACCAGUAAUGCCGCCCCGGCUUGGUCAAGUCAGCGGAGGACGAGUGCCCAGGCCCGAGCAGCAUGUCACCCCGAUCAGCAAUAUCGAAGCGAACUUGAACCAAGCACUGGCGGCCUGCAGACCUGAGAGGGGUAAUCUGCUGCACAAUAGGCAGGAGAUGUCGGAAGUCAGGGAAGCACUUGACGAAGGGUAUUGUGACGCCAGCGGUGCGGUUGGUGAUAUGAUCUAUGUCGGAAACGUGGAAAGUCAUCGAUUCUAUACCAAAGGUGUAAAUGACCCCAAGGCGAUUUUCAGCUCCAAACAACAAUCGUUGCAGCGCUUCAGUUCUGCCGUUAUCUUCUUGAUGGGCGAGAUAUAUGGAGUGCCGCAAACGAGCUUGCAUAUUUUCUUCGACUUGGACGGUCCCCUUAUCGCUUUCAACCGCAAUGGCAGUAUCUUCCUCAACCUUCGAUACUAUGAGGCAUGGCAUGAUGCGGAUGUACAGCGGGGUGAGUUGGGCAAGGCGUUGAUCAGCUGGUACUUCACCCUCGCCCACGAGAUCGCCCACAAUCUUGUUCAACCACACAACUCAGAGCACGAGUUCUAUUUCAGCUCCCUUUGCGAGGCGAAAUUGCCAGCUCUCGCAGGCCUAAUUGCUCGAUUGUGA